AUGUACUCCUCUAUGUCCCGUCUUGAGAAAUUGGUGGCUGUCGAAGAGAAACUGGUGGAAAUGUCAAAAGAAUUCCUGAAAGAGGAGAAGAGUCGCCUGCAUUCUUUAGAAAGUUUUGUAGAGACAGCUGAGCAGCAGCUGCAGAUGAGUGUCAACAAGUCCAUGUCUCUGGUCCACCAUCCGGUCGGAGCGUAUCUACUGGUCAAGAGACUGAGUUCGGACUGGCUACAACAUGUCAAGAGCGUUUACCAGCCUCUCACGGAUUUCGUGAACAGGUACAACAGCGAGUACCACGGACAGCUUCCUUCAGCUGAAGACGCCGAGUGGUCAGCACACGCCAUUCUGAGACUGCAGGAGGUCUACCAACUGGACAUACGCAACAUUAUCAGCGGUCAGAUGGAACUCGGUCUCAGUACGAACAACGUGCCUGGAUCCAUGGAGCAAAAUGCGCUGCGUCUGAAGAGAGAGGACAUCUUCGCCAUAGCAAAGGGGGCGUACAGAAACAACGACUACCGGAACGCAGUCAAGUGGCUGAACGAAUCCAUACAACUGAUGGAGGCGGAGGAGGUGACCGAGAACAGGGAGAAUCUAGAGGAGAGUGAAGACGCCGGUGAUACAAGUGGCGCAUUGCGUUAUAAAGGAAACGUCAAGAAAGAAAAUCUCAAAUUCAGUGCGUUGCAAUAUCUUGGAUACUCGCUGUACAAGCAAGGUGACCUUGAAGAUGCGCUUGCAAUCUACAAAAAAGCCUCGUCUCUUGAUCCAAAACAUGACGAAGUUCGUGAUAGCAUAAAGCUCCUACAGAGGAAGAUUCGCUCCGCUAACAUGUUCGGAAAUGUCAACAACGACGAGCACCCUCGCCCGUGGGCUUCUGCGUCCAACGCGAAGAUGAUCAAAUACAUGGCUCUAUGUCGGCAUGAACUAAAGCCGCGCCCAGACGUACAGGCCAGACUGAAAUGCCGGUACCAAAGUAACGGUAACCCGUAUCUUCUCCUGGGGCCUGUGAAGACUGAAGUACUCAGCAGAAAGAAGCCGGAAAUAACGCUGUUCUAUGACGUCAUUACAGAUGAAGAGGCACAGACGAUCAAGAACCGUUCACUCCCAAAGAUGUUUCGCUCCAGGAUUGGAAACUCCUUUAGUGAAGUGGAGAGCCACAUUCGAAUCAGCCAACAGGCGUGGCUACAUGAUAAGGAUGACGAGGUUGUCUCGCGCGUGAGCAAACGGAUCGGUCUCCUCACAGGUCUCAACACCACCCCCACAUCUACAGAACUACUCCAGGUGCUGAAUUAUGGACUAGGCGGACAGUACGAGCCUCAUCAUGACUACAUGACCGCUGAGGAGAAAAUGUGGGGGACGAUAUUGGGGAACAGAAUGGCCACGUUCCUGAUGUAUCUGAGUGACGUCACUGCCGGAGGAGCCACAGUUUUCCCUGUCGCAAACGUCACCGUUCCAGUCGUGAAGAACGCCGGGUUGUUGUUUAUGGAUCUGCUACGGUCGGGGCGUGGUGAUGUGAACAGUCUACAUGCCGGGUGUCCUGUUGUUAUCGGAUCCAAGUGGAUUGCCAACAAAUGGAUACACGAGGGCGGAAAUGAGUUCCGGAGAAAAUGCGGACUCAGCCCGAACGAGUGACUGCUCCAUAGGACAAACUCGGCGUUUUAUGAAUGACCAGAAUACUGUUAAGAAUAUGAGAAAACAACUUAACAUAAUUACUGUGCAGCAAUAUCUUGUAAUUUUCCCAUAAGUAAACUAUUUAACAUAGAUGGCACAAGUAAUAUUUAUGGAACGUAGUUUUAAUACAUGACGUAAAGACGUAUUUUACUAAAACAUCGAUUUUUGUGCUUAAGGUCACGUUGGCUUGAUCAUAUGAAUUACAUCCCCUUGGAACCCAAAUGCUGACAUGAGGUUGCCUUCAUUAUUAAAUCUAAGCUAAGUGUUUAGGAAGGUUGAAAAAAUGACUAAACACACAGAAUAUGCCAGAAAGCAAUUACUCAAGCAACUGGAUGAUGUUGGCAACGGUCAGACGUUCCAGAUAGUAUCCACUAUCUGACGAAAGAAAAUGGGUACUAUCUGAAACGUCUGACCGUUUCCAAAAUCAUAUCCAGCUGCUUGAGUAACUGCUUUUUGGCAUAUCUUAUUACCUGGAUGUCUAAUCUUCAUCGACGCACACAGAGUAUGGUCUACUGAUGAACAGGAGAUUCUUCAUGUAUGGCCUCACAUAUCGUCUUUGAAUUUGGAAGUAACGUUGAAAGUGUUCUAAGUCAUAGGCACUGAUGUAUGUUAUGAUAUAAGUUGCUGAAUGGUAGUGGGCAUUGUCAGAAGACGGAUUAAAAUUACAACGUUGUGAAUUCCUUAACUGUUGUAGCUAGUUACUUACAUAUGCUAUCAGACAUUAGACCUAGUAAAAUCAUGUAUUUCCUUCCAACACUGAAUUAAUAUAGGGAUUACCCUAAAUUGUCGGUCGAACUCCGUCAACCUUGUUCACAGAAUGACCCUUCUCCAGCAGUGACGUCAGGAACACACCACUUUUG